CAGCCGACGUGCCGAUGUCGUCGUGAGCGUGAAACGGAAUGACAAGUAAAUCCUUGAUGACUAAAUCCCAAAUGAAAUGCAUUAAGUGCCAGCGAAAUGUCAGACAGAAGAAGAUGUUGCGUGUUGUCGUGCCGGUUUGCGACCCAACCUAUAGUCGAAGGCGUUCGCUUGUUUGGACUCCCAAAAGACCAGAUACAACAAACACAGUGGCGUCAAUGGAUAAAUAUUCAAAACAAACAAGAGUGUAACACCAAGAAUAUCUUCAUUUGCAGCAAUCAUUUCUUAGCUGAAGAAAAGGGAAACAGAAAACUUAAAAGAGGAGCAGUGCCUUCCAUUUCAGUAAAUGACAAUGGUGCUGAGGAACACCACCAGCAAGUUGAAAAUCACGGACAAGAGCUACAAGUGGAGUGUGUUGCAGAGCAAGUCUACCAGCAAACUGAAGAAAAUCAAGGACAAGAACAAGCAGUAGAAUGUGUUAAUGUGCAACCCAUCCAAUAUUUUCAACUUCAUCAGAGUGGGGUUUAUACUGCAACUGAGAAUAUUCAUCAGCUCGAAAGAAAUCAACAUCAGCACGAAACAAACCAACCACCAAUAGUCACAGCACAACCUGACCAAUAUAACCAAUAUGCAUUUUCAAGUGUUGUAGAAAUAGAUAUGAAUCAACCUGAUGCUUGUUCUAUUUUGGCUGAAACUGGGUCCUUCAAUUUAGAUACAUUGUUUGAUGAACCUGAAGGUUAUUCGAUUUUGACUGAAACUGGAUCUUUCAAUUUAGAUACAUUAUUUGACGAAGAAAACAACAAUGUUUUUGAAAGGGGAAACUUUGUUCAGGAACAGAUAUGUCCAACACUCGACAAUGGUAAUAACUUAACUUCAGUUAUUUCUAUCCCUGACGAUAGAUCUAAUGCAAGAAAUGAUGUUUUAUGUAGGAGAACCAAUCAAGUUGAGGUCCCUCCAAAUAAAUUAAAAACUAAUACUUCUCGGAAGUGUUUUGCUGAAAACUGUUCCAACUCCAACAGACAAACAGUGCACACUUUUCCAGCUAUUGUUAUCAAUGGACAAAUCAAUCAUGAAAACUUAAAUAGAUGUAAGCUAUGGAUCAAGAACAGUGGCAAUAUUGAGUUGCUGAACCAGUAUUCGUCUAAAUUGCAUGGCAAGCAUGGGCUGUGCAGUGAUCAUUUUGACAGUUCACAGUAUUACAAUCCUCAAACCAGAAAGAGGUUGCUAUCAAAAGCAGUUCCCACACUUUACUUCAGCUUGCCUAUAUCUGAUAACGACAUGAUUCGUUUUCCAAAGUGGGGACCAGAUGAUAUUUUUGCAGAUAUGACUGCAAAUGAUAUAGAAAAUGGUACAAAUGAAUCUCAUGUUGAAAAUGACCAGCAGCAAAACAACCAUGAUACAAAUGAACAGUGUUUUAGACCUGAUGAGUACCAAAAUAAAUUUGAAAAUAUAUUACACACAUUGGAAUGGAGAACUUGCAACUCUUGCAAGGAAAAAUUUUUUACCAAGAAGAGUUCCAAAAAGCAAUGCAGUCAUUCUAAACCAAUAUGUUCGGCACUUUCAUCAGAAAAUGGAUUUGACCCAGGAGAUUCAAAACAGCUUUACCAUAAAUUAAAAUAUCUCAGUAUCAGUGCCUUAAACAUAUUCAUGUCUUUCUUUUACAUUUUUGCGUGUUGAAGUUUCUAUACUGUUUGUGUCAUAUCUAAAAUUUUAACGUAUUUCAUUUUUAAAAUCAAACCUUUUGUAACUUAUAUUGACGCAUGUCUUCACUGAUUAAAAACCUACUAUAUUAGCAGUUUUUGUUAUUCACAAAAAAAAAGGGAAAAUAUGUUACAUUUAUCCUUCUUACAUUUCUGUAGAAGAACAGAAAUAUAAGAUAUCACAGCCAAAACCCUAUC